AUGGACAAGAAACAGCCCGACUCGGUCAAUUCAGCUCCAAAGACUACGGCACAACUUGACGAUGCUGCUUUUUAUCUGGAAACUCACGCGGAAGAAAAUAUCAAUAUGGAUCUGAAAGCUUUACGAAGCAAGAUUGAUCGGCGAUUAUUACCCUUUUUCUUUUGUUGUUAUGUCUUGCAGUUCCUGGAUAAGGUCAUGGUCAACUAUGCUGCAGUCAUGGGAUUAAAAACCGACCUCAACCUCACGGGAAAUGACUUUUCAAACAUUGCCAGCUGGUUUUUCAUAGCGUAUCUCAUUGCCGAAGUGCCGAAUGUCUACUUCUUGAACAAAUUACCAGCUGCGAAAUGGUUAGGAUGUAACGUCUUUCUAUGGGGUGUAGCUGCCGCUGCAUCAGCUGGAGCUCAUGAUUAUCGAUCUCUAUUAGCUGCUCGGGUAUUCUUGGGGAUUUUUGAAGCAACUAUUGGCCCAUCCUUAAUGCUGAUCAGCAGUCAGUAUUAUACACGCAGUGAACAAGCCCCUCGAUUCACCUUCUGGUAUAUGGGCUUGGGCGUCGCUCAGAUUCUUGGUGGCAUCAUCUCGUUCGGUUUCCAGCAUGUUGAACACGCAAGUCUGGAUAGUUGGCGCAUCAUGUUCCUGGUUCUCGGUCUGAUCACAGCUGUCGUGGGUGUGUUGACUUUUUACUUCACGCCCGAUACACCCAUUAAAGCUACAUGGCUAUCUGACCAGGAAAAGGUCGCUCUCUUACAACACGUCGGCCAGAAUCAAACUGGGGUGUGGAGCUCCAAGUUGAACUUCGAACAAAUAUGGGAGGGUCUCUUAGAUCCCCAGCUCUGGCUCUUAACACUGACUACUAUUGCGAUCUCCAUCUCCAGUGGCGUAGUAACUACAUACUCUUCUACCUUGAUCGCAGGAUUCGGUUUCUCUGGUCCCAUCUCUGCCCUCUUGAACACACCAUCCGGAAUUGUCAGUAUUUUCUUCACUCUGCUAGUUGGAUACGGUAUUCGCAAGACCUCGAACCGGUGGGCCUGGAAUGUCCUAUGCACUAUUCCAGGUAUUAUCGGUGGCGGACUCAUGUCUUUCCUACCACACAGCAACACAGCGGGCGUCUUGAUCGGCAUUUAUCUGGUCAACUCAAUCGUCGCAACGCUUCCAAUCCUCUACCAGUGGACAAUGGCAAACUGUGCAGGUCAUACCAAGCGCAGUUUUGCUGCAGCCCUUGUGGCUGGCAGUUUUAGUGUGGGUAACAUUAUCGGGCCUCAAACAUUCCAAGCUAGCGAUGCACCAGAAUAUCGACCUGCCAAGAUCUCUGUUCUCGCCACUCAAGGAGCUGCAGCAGUUCUUUCUGUCUGUCUCUUCCUUUACUAUCUUUUUGAGAAUCGCCGUCGGGAUCAGAAGCACGUUGCUGAUGAUAACAUGAUUGAUGAAACCAAAUGGGCUGGGCUCACAGAUCAACAGAACCCUCACUUUCGAUAUGCGUACUGA